AUGCGUGUGAGGCCGAAGCUCAAUAUCUCGGUUCUUAUAACACUGACGGUCACCAGAUUUGAUAACAUUGGUGAUCUUAUAGGCAGCGAACGUGUCUCUUAUGUUCAAUCUGAGGAGCAUAAUCUGGGGAUGAACAAAUCCACAAUCCUCAUGUCAACAAAUCCUCAUGUGAACAAAUCCUCAUGUGAAUCUGAGGAUUGUUCAGCUUCUCAGCAGCAGGAGGUGGAGCAGAAAUACGAGCAGCAGCAGGAGGAGGUGGAGCAGAAAUACGAGCAGCAGCGGGAGGAGGUGGAGCAGAAAUACGAGCAGCAGCGGGAGGAGGUGGAGCAGAAAUACGAGCAGCAGCAGGAGAUGGAGCAGAAGUACCAGCAUCAACAGGAGGUGGAGCAGAAGUACCAGCAUCAGCAGGAGGUGGAGCAGAAAUACCAGCAGCAGCAGGAGGUGGAGCAGAAGUACCAGCAGCAGCGGGAGGAGGUGGAGCAGAAAUACGAGCAGCAGCAGGAGAUGGAGCAGAAGUACCAGCAUCAGCAGGAGGUUCAGCAGAAAUACCAGCAGCAGCAGGACGUUCAGCAGAAGUACCAGCAUCAGCAGGAGGUUCAGCAGAAGUACCAGCAGCAGCAGGAGAUCCGGACCAGUUCGGUCAGGUUAAGUGGCAAGGUAUAUGCCUGCAAGUUGGGUCUGAGUCGUACUGACCCAGUCACUGGCCCAGUCACUGACCCAGUCACUGGCCCAGUCACUGACCCAGUCACUGACCCAGUCACUGACCCAGUCACUGGCCCAGUCACUGGCCCAGUCACUGACCCAGUCACUGACCCAGUCACUGACCCAGUCACUGGCCCAGUCACUGACCCAGUCACUGACCCAGUCACUGGCCCAGUCACUGACCCAGUUACUGACCCAGUCACUGGCCCAGUCACUGGCCCAGUCACUGGCCCAGUCACUGGCCCAGUCACUGGCCCAGUCACUGACCCAGUCACUGACCCAGUCACUGGCCCACUUCACUGCUGA